UAGCGUAGUACGAGUGUGCGACACUCGUGAGAGGCUUUGGCUGAGUAGAGUCCCCCGGGCGACUGUCGCAUCGUCGAUAACAUGCAGUCUUCCCACAAUGGAGUGGAGGACCGUGAUCGUUACGGUGUUGGGAAUAAGUCUGUGUUUUUUGGUUAUACCUAUCAGAGUCGGGCCGUCUACGAACGUCGAAGAUGUCAAGUUAUUCGAGUCUUAUAUCGUGCGUUAUAACAAAUCCUACAGACACAAACCGAGCGAGUAUGACAAGAGAUUCGAGAGAUUUCAGAGGUCCCUGAGGUACAUAGAAAAGAUGAACGAACUGCGGGAUAGCGAAGACAGUGCGCUUUACGGACAAACGGAAUUUUCCGAUAUGUCCGAAGACGAGUUCCUCACGGAAGCUCUGCGCCCGGACCUCUCGGUUCGUGGACAGCGACACUUGCGCUCUUCUUAUCACAAAGAGCAUCGCUGUAACGAUGUAAACAAAAACCUCGUCAAGAGGGCGACGCCGAUUCCCCUGAAAUUCGACUGGAGAAUCAGGGGGGCCGUGACACCCGUUCGCAGUCAAGGCACUUGCGGUGCUUGCUGGGCCUUCAGUACCGUUGAAUGUAUCGAAUCAAUGAUCGCCAUUAAAAAUGGAACUCUCCGCUCCUACAGCGUUCAAGAGAUGAUCGAUUGCGCAGGUAACAGCAAUUUCGGUUGCGAGGGUGGUGACAUUUGCAGUCUUUUGAAUUGGCUUCUACUCAACAAAGUUCCCAUUUUACCGGAAAAAAUUUAUCCUGUUACCGGGAAAUCCGACGCCUGCAAGCUAGACAAGUCCAAAAUCUCGACUGUCCGAGUCACCGAUUUCACUUGCGACAGUUACGUCGGAGCUGAGGACGAUCUUUUAUCUUCGCUGGUGAAUCAUGGACCUGUGGCAGCAGCGGUGAACGCCCUUGCUUGGCAGAAUUAUCUCGGUGGGAUAAUAAAGUUCCACUGUGACGGAGCUUUUACGAGCUUAAACCACGCUGUACAAAUCGUCGGUUACGACAAAACGGGCCCGACCCCAUAUUACAUCGUGAGAAACUCCUGGGGCACGUUGUUCGGCAACAAAGGCUACUUGUACAUUGCUAUCGGGAGUAACAUGUGUGGUAUAGCGAAUCAAGUAUCGUCGGUCGACGUCACCUGGAAAUAAGAGCUUGAGGGACGAAGAUGGAAAAAUGGGAGAAAUAAAGAAAGUAUGAAUUUCCAAAAAGUUGGAAGCAGUUUGAGCACGUUUCGAGUGCCCUCAAGAUCAAAGUCUUUUCUAAGAGGAUUUUUUCUAUGACAAAAUAUAACUGAAUCGAACAAAAGGAAGAACAAAUACAUAUUUAUAUAAUAUAUUUAUAUUUGUAAUAACAGAAAUUACGAUAUUAAUUCAUAAAUGUAUAUAUUUUUACAUGUGCCACGUGCGAAAGUCACAGUUAGGAGGCCGAAAAGGGCAAACGAAACAAAAAGCUUUUCCAGAAAAAAAAAGUGUAAGUGUAUAUAUUUUUAAUAAUAAGAAAAAAUAAAAUACAAGAAUUUUAUCGAA